CUAUUGAACCGCAUGUGGCUGGCCGUGUGGCAUCACGCUGUCACAGAAAGACAACUUGGAAUAAUUACGUAUGGCACACUUGUUGAACCACUCACCUAGUAGCAGUUGCCCCUCUUCUUCUACAAGCUGGUCAAGGGAGAUUAACCUUCACCAACCCACCCAAUUCUGUACAUAAGAGCAGGAUCGGACUGCUUCUCACUAUGCUUUCCGCUGUUAGGAGUCCAACAUCAGCUGGUUGGGCGGAUAUUAUCAGACAAGUCACCAACCUCGAUACCAUUGAUUUUGGUCAAUGCGGCGACGUCCUGAAUUUCAUCAUGGAGCCAAACCCUGAGGAAGAGUAUGCGGAGUUUCGUGAUGUUGAUCAUCAAGUAUACUCAACAGUAUCGCACAUCAUUGACUCAAAUUGGCUAUGGUUACCGACAAGACCAAGAUGGAGUUACUUUAGGGACGAUCGCAUCCUUCUCGUCGAAAGGCGCAGUCCCAUACACGAAGCUUCAUUCGAACACUUGAGUCUACUCUUUUUGCAUGGCUUCAUUCACGAUGACAAUCCCGUGCUUACCACGAUAUCCAUGAACUCUCAGCUAUCUGCAUCGGCCAUUCCAGACAUGGCAAUUCGUAUGGAUGCGGUAACUGAGAAUUAUCAGAGUUAUGGGGUCCUUGUCAUCGGGGAAUGUGCAUUUGCACAGGACACAGAUUCAGUUCUUCGGAAAAUUAAAUAUGAGAUCGCCGGCGAUCCAGAAGUCUUGAUGGUCAUAUUGGUUGUGAUUGAUGAAUAUCAACCAUAUCGCUCGCCUGAACGUGUGUCUGAAGCAUGGUAGAUGCUAUGCCAGGAGACAUCAUGUCGCUCAGUUUCUUCGUUCUGUUCGCUUCAGGGGGGUUGCAGCACGAUCUCACGAUCAACCCAUUGUGAUCGCAGGCCAUAAGGUAUGGCCCACGCACUUCCCGCUAACGAAACGUGACAAAGCGUUACUUUUGUUUGAAAUGUUAAUGGCAAUUGUAAAACACCUAUUUUGCAAAAAGAAAUCGCGCAGAGUUCUUUGUAUUUACACUGCGCACAACGCUGCGCGGCUGGAUUUUUGAAAAAAUUGAAAUUGAAAGUGC